AUGGCGUUUUUGGGUGGAGUUCUUGAGAGUGUUAAGGAUGAUGAUGCCGUUACGAAAUAUGAUAAAAAUAAUGAUAUCAAGAAUCUUCCUUUUUCAAUCACCAUCACACAGGUCUCCGAGGCGCUGCAGGCGUGGAGCGGUGAGCUCGAAGGGCGAACCAAGAGUGUUACCAGGCACUUAGAGACACUUAGCACAAACAUAGAUUCUAAUAUUAGUAGUGUUGGUGAAUUGCAUGAUUUUGAUGUGGCGGCGAAGCAGUGGAGGACUGCGGUGGUGGGUGCCCUUGAGGGUACGUUGAGAGACGCCAGAUUGGCGAUUGAGAAACUUGAUAAUCCGUUGCAGGCAAAACUGAAGACAGAUUUCGACAAGAUUCAGGUACGGAUUCAUGAUUUUGCAGGGAACGCGGAGCGGGACCAGGAGGAGAUGAGAGCUUUGGGGAAGAGCGUUGAGCGGGAAUUGGCAGACCUCAGAAGCAAGGUGAUUGCAUAUGCCGAAACACAGAAAUCAAUUUGUAUUGAUGAGUUGCGGAGUGCUUUUGAAACGAAAAUUAAGACGCCGAUUGGCAACGUUCAGACGGCGUUGAAAUCUGUUCAGCAGAAUUUGGAGCAGUGGAGUAAGAAGGCUAACAGUGUCGUGGCUGCGGCGUUGAAGAAGGUAGAAGAAAUAUUAGCACACGUUAAAGUAAAAGGUGAGAAGAAAAGUAAACCACAAAAAUGGUACAACGUGGAGAAUGCUGCAAAAGCCUUGAAGGAGAAAGCGGACACACUCUUGAAGGCUGUAGAGGGGGCGAGGAAGACGUUAGAAUCCAACGUUCAAGUGGCGCUGCAGGCAGUCAAAACUAUGGACAAAGCACUCAAGGGGGAUCUGAAUGAGGUCAAAAUUAACAUUAAUACUGCGGUGUCAGAUUAUGUUAGGAACCAGAUCCUCACAAAAAUUAAGACGAAGGUUAGUAGUAUCAAGGGAGUAAAAGAUGGCGAUGGUCUCAAGGGGAUUAAGAAGCGAAUAGUGGAGGAGUAUGCUGAGAAGUUCAAAGCGGAAAAGGGUUUCAGGGACAUAGUAGAGCAUUGGUUGACAAAUAUUCUGACGAGUGUGCCAGUUAUAGCGGCGCUGGGAAGCUACGUUAAUAAAGGUACGGAUGCAGUGUUGACAACAAUCUUCAUAAAGGGAGACAACAUUGGUGAAGUUGCAAAGGCAAUUACGGCUGCAUUCAAUGAAGAAAUUGGUGCAGCGGUUGGAGCGUAUAACGCAACGAUCACAGGUGGUGAUGACAGCAAGAUCGAGAAGCAUGUUGUUGCUGUCAAUGCUGCUUGCAUGGCAUUUGCAAGCAAGCUUGCGACCAAAAUGAAGGAAAGUAAAACAACAGAAAUUGCGGAAGCUAUUAAAAGGACGUUAAAUAGUCCGUCUACUGCUUCCGAUCCAUUUAUUGCUGCGGUUCAGCUCACUUACGCCGUACAACCCAUGCUCAGCGAACUCAUUGGCGCUGCUAGACAAGCUGGUAACGAGGUUGCAUCAUUCGCCGGGAUCGAAGACCAUGAAAUCAAAAUAGGCAAGAACUUACACGAAGCUUUAGGAGCGGCUCAAAACUUAGAGGAUGAUCUAAAGACUGGGCUGGGUGAAGAUACUGCCGGCCAAGGCGCCGGCACCGGUGGCAGUGUUAUAUUCAAGGAGAAAGUUGAUAAUACCAUUCUUAGCGUACUGAAUGGAAAGCUUCCAAACCUGAGUGGUACUUCAGGUGGUGAGGUAGAUAUUGAAGGAUCUAAAUUGUUUGCGGGUUACGUUGGCGGUAAUGGCAGAUCAGGCAAGAAAGAAGCCCUUGAAAAGGAGAUCGGCGAGAUUCUACAAAAUGUGAAAAGAAAUCUUGAUGCGAAUGACACUGAGAAAGAAGAACUAAUGAAGGAUACUCACCUUACAAAAGCCCUUGAAAAUGUCGACGACACACUUCUUAAAUUCGCAGAUGCAGUGAAGGAGCUCAUUCAGAGUAGCGGUAUGACCGAAGGAAACGAUUUGUCUUAUUACUUAAAAAACCUAAAAGCCAUGCUUAUGGAUGACGGCAAAAAAUAUUACGGCAUAGAUAAAGAUCUCGCAAAAAUCAGACACGAAAUUGCUUUGAUCCUUGGUGAACCCUAUCCAGGAAAUCCACAAGGUAACCUGAAGGAAAUCGUCACCCAAGCCCAAGAGUUCUACGAGAAAACCAUAAAGACUACUGUCGAAAACUGUGUCGAAAAGAUAAAUCAAAAGGUCAGACAAGAGGUCCACGACAAGAUUAAAGCCUUGAAAAAAGACGCAUUUGACAGAUACGUUGAGGCCACGACUGAAGACAUGAGAAGGUUAAAGGGGUAUGUGAUGCAACAAAGAGAAAAAAUGAGCAACGCAAUUGGCAUUGAUUCCGCGCGCGGUGUGAAGGGAUUGCUGGAUAAGUUAAGACGCACGUUAUCAAGUCACACACCCAUGUUAAAUCCUUCAACGCUAUCCGAAUUUGCAAAACACAUCAACGAAUGGCUUCACGAAUUUUUCGAUUCGUUACAUUACCAGACAGAAUUCACGCAAUAUGAAUCUUUGCUGUAUCCUCCCAUUGAUACAUUGCUCUCCGACCUUCAUGCCUCCGGACACUUCAAUCACACUUUCAACACAAACUUAGAUAAUCUGAAUAACGCACUUCAUAACUUCGAACCUAAGAGAUUCUCUAAACCGUGUUCCAUACUGCUUGAUGCCUUGAAAGAUGGGCUCAAUGCCCUGGCCACGCAACUGGGUUACGCCUAUGUAAAUUCCUACUCCGGCCGGCCUUGGGAGCCUGCAUUCAGCGCUAAUUACAGUGACAUAACUCUGACUGUAAUUUCCACUCUACACAAUGAGUUGAACAUAUUGAGGAGGAAUUGCCAGCAUGGGUGGAUUGGAGAUAACAUUAAUAAGUCAUCAUCACUUGGGGAUUUCCUUGCUAACAAUGGUUUCAGGGUCUCCGACAAAGGCAAGCAGAAUGCUGAAUUGCGGAACAAAGAGCGUAUGAAGGGAGUGAAUAUCAUUGAUCUCCUCGUGGGCUCCGGUAAAGUCUACACUGGUAUAAAACACUCCGACGACCACGGCCCACUUAAAAGCCUUCACAGACACCUCGGUGAAUAUUAUAGCGCCUGUCACUUAGAACAUCAUUCUUCACCUAAACCACCGACAAAUAUUCUCCAGAUGCUUUCUUGGCUCAACGGGUUGUGGUACAAUCCGGUGCGUGAACCGCUGUGCGAUUACUUCAGAGGACUUUUCAAGAAGCCCAAAGGUAUGGAGAAUGAAGAAUAUUCCAACAUUCCCAAUGAACAACUGAAGCAAGACGCGUAUCCAAACACCAUAAUGUACGAUGACUUAAAACCCGCACUUCACGAUGUAUGUCACCACUCACAUGCCGUGCUCACCUCCAUCCUCGGUAACGGCCACGCCGGCGGCAUAUAUGCUUGCAACUUCUCGAACAAUUCAUUUAAUCUCUUAUAUCCUACUGACAUCGUACAAUUGCUCUGUAUGUUAUUCAGUACCCUCAAACGACUGUACCAACAGCUCCAGUUCCUCUACCAGCUCUGCUCUUAUGAGUCUGACCUUAGCGGCUGGAGGGACUGCUGGUAUGGCAGGGACGUCGGAGGAUCCAACUGGCAGUGUAAUAGCCUCCAAUGCUCUGACCAAACGUGUAACCAAAACGCUGACCAAACACAUAAGCAACGCUGUGACCAAAAGUGCGACCAACACCCUAAGUGCGGCCUCAAAUCACCACUCCAAUCUUUCUUGGAGGACGGCCUACAAGGCUUCUUGCCUCACAAUAUGACAGUUAAAGGGUCUGACCUCACGUGUUCCAACUGUCCCAGGACGUCGCCUCCUACACCAUGUAAGACGCCUAUGGGAUUCACAGAUAUUUCCACCAUGGCAUCGCACAGGCGGAGAGGUCAAUAUAUCGUCGAUAUUCUUGCCGACUUCUGUGGCCAUCAGUCUUCUCCACUCACUAAGAUUUGCAGCCUCUUGAAUAGUCUGCUUCCCAGUGCCCCUCAAACGCUGGGAGACAUGUUUGGGUUCUACUAUCAAUUCCUUGACGGCUGGAAUGAUGGUCAGCAAAAGCUGCGUACACAGCACAGGGAGGAAGCAUUUGGCGCCGCCGCUAAUGGAGCCAACUUCGAUCGCCCAAUUGUCCUUGACGUCAGUCCAAAAUUAUCUUCGGUCAUUCACAGGGCCAAUCAGUCUACUCAUCGCAGCGGUGAUUUGUUCUCUCUUGUGAGAUGCCAUGCUAAUACAAAAUCACCGCAUCCAUGCGGCACAUACAUACAGUCCAUUUCUCGUGACGUGUAUUCUAUAUUCUCCGCGUCGAAUAAGAAUCUAUAUCUUUCAUGGCUUGUGUAUGGUACAGACAGAUUCUACGAUUUGUUGCGAGAAUUGUGGAAUGAGUGCAAUCGCAAUUGCGAAUCUAAAGGGUCCAAAUGUAAAAUGAGCAUGUGCUAUGAUAUAUGUAAUUCGAAAAAGCCGCAGUCGUCUUCAAAUUCCAAGCAUGAUGAAUCAUGCCAUUCAAUUGUGGAGUGUAAAUUUACAUUACCGACAUUCUCGAAGUAUGGAUUUUAUUUCGAAAGCGCUUCCGACCUGAGUGGUAUGUAUGAAACAGAUAAGAAGAGAACAUGUAGGGAUUUUUGCAAUACAUUGGAAUUCAUUUUAAGUGAAAAGAACGCUUUACAUAACAUAGUCCAUGAAAUAAUACCCAAUUUCCUGAAAGAGAUCAGAUGGCCAUUUAUGCUAACGUUGUUAGCCCUCUGGUCGCUGUCGCUCCUGUACCUGCUGCACAUCGCCGUCGUCCGCCUCGACGUCCUGAGGAUACGCUCACACCUGCGCUCGCCUUCAAGCCACCGCAUCGCCGCACAGUCCCUCCUCGCCGCCGCACGCGUCAGGGCACUCGCCAACGUCAAGUACUUCUCACCAUAA